AUGGCCGCGGGUACAGCGGGUACGAUUGCAUCGGUUUAUUGGCUAGUUAGUCGAAUUGUGGACGAUAACGACUACAAGCGUCUAAACGACUCUCCUAAACUAACCAACGCGGAAAUUACAGUCAAUAGCGAUGGUUAUAACGAGGAUUACAGUGAAGAAGAAGAUUCGGAAUGUUAUCACUGCAAUAGAUUUCGAGAUCUACCUGUUAUCUUUGAAUCCGAUAACGAGUAUACAGAAGACAUCACGGGUUACACGGGAGAUUGUUACACACCCAGCAACGACAUUUGUAUGCUAUCGGUCAGCAUAAAGACCCUCGAUGAUUCACAUUUAGAUGUUUCUUCACGCGAGUGCCGACUCUGUGAAGCCGCAGAGUCCAAGUUCGCUAUUAAUUAUGAAGAUAUAAAUGCCCAGAGACUGUAUUUCCCAGAGACCGAAUGCACCAACAAUGAAAGCGUAGUGUCAGCUGGAAGCGACAUGGAAGCAGAAAGCUCAAUUCAACGUAAUGCGGCGAAUUUGUACGUACAUAACUCAGUCGACUCGAAACGUAACCUUCAAGUAAAAUCUAGCUUUUGCAAAGACCUGCUCUCUGAAUACUCGUGCACGAUGCGAUUUUCAAGCAGCAAUGCGACCAGCCAACUUUACAUCCAUCUCAGAAAAUCACAUCUAAAUAGGGGUACAAUCACAAAAGCAUUUCUUCCUCAUAUUACGAUGUUUACACCUCGUGUCAUCGCUCAAAAAUUUGUCACGCAUGAGCAAAAUGAAGGUGUUGGUGCUCGCGUACACCGCUCAAUCGGUACCACUCGCUUACGUAAUCUCGACCCAUUUCUAAUGCUGGAUGAGUUUUACGUGGGUCUACCGGGUGGAUUUCCAGAUCACCCACACCGUGGCUUUGAAACGGUGACAUAUGUAUUGCCUACGUCUCAAGGCCACAUGUGUCACGAGGAUUUUCUAGGUAACAAAGGUGAAUUACGACCUGGUGAUCUGCAAUGGAUGACGCCUGGAAGGGGCAUUAUGCACGCUGAGAUGCCCAAGAGUGAAGUUCCUGCUCAUGGUCUUCAGCUUUGGAUCAAUUUACCGAGUAAGGAACGCAUGGUCGAGCCAAAGUACCAAGAGAUUAGUCGUGAGAUGGUACCACAUGCUUUUAACGAAGAUAAAAGCAUUGAAGCUAUUGUUUUUGCCGGGGAAGCCUUUGGCCAACGUGGUCCUAUUGACACGGUUGCUCCUGUUUCGUACGUCCACUUUAUGCUUCAAAAAGGUGCGACAUUGGAAUAUCGAAUUCCAGAAAGUCAUCAUGUGUUUGUAUACACUGUUUCUGGAACUGGCAAGUGUGCUAAUCACUCGAUUCAACCUCAUGAAGCAAUUGUGCUCGAGAUGAAAGGGGAUGGUGUGAUGUUGCAGGCGGAGGACCGACUGGAAGUUAUUGUCAUGACGGGCCAGCCUCUGGAAGAACCAGUCGUACAGUAUGGACCAUUUGUCAUGAGUUCGAAAGAUGAGAUUCAACAGACGUGGGAAGAUUUUCAAUCAGCAAAAAAUGGAUUUGAAAAUGCACACACUUGGGCUUCCGAAAUUGGAAAUCGUCGCAUUUGA